ACAAACACACACACACUGGAAUCACACGCACGCUCCCUCCGCUUGGAUCUGGAGGUCUUCCUGGAUUCUCCAACUUCUUCUUUCUCCGCUCCAGUUUUUUUUUCUCCUCUCCGUCCAGAUGUUCUCAGAUGUUCUCCGGUGGAUCUUUUGGCGGAUGAGCGGCACCGGUUGAAUCAGGCCUAAUGAGCAUCAGCAGCACCAGUCUGAGCGACCAAUCACAGCGCUCCCCCACCGGCGGACCUCCGUGAGGCCAGGAGGCGCAGCGAGCGGCGGAUCCUGUUUGUCGGCUGGAGAUGGAGCAGAGCGCCCGCCUCGGUGCGCUCCGAACUUCCACCGUCUGAGGAGGGAAGAAAGCGGACUGUUGGAGGUUCCAGACCAUGAAUCAGAGAGUUCUACCGGAUCACGAACCGGAGCGGAACCGGUGAGGAACCAGAACAGGUGUCAGCGGAGCCAGCAACAGUGCGCAGACUCCCCGCAUCCCUCCAGCAGCAGCGGCGCAGGAAGAAGAAGAAGGAGAAGAAGAGUGGCCCCCCAGGAGAACCUUUUCGGAACAUUAGUCAGAGGAGAAACUGCUGCUGCUUCCCUCUUCAGAAGGUUAGAGGAGCUCGUAACCGAAACCGACGGCGGCGGCAGCAUCUCCCCCCUUAUCCUCCCUCCAUCCAUCCUCCCCGGUCUGUGCCUACAUCCCCCGCCACAGAUAGGGACGUUCUGAUAAUUACAUGUAAUUAUAAUUUCUGUGGGAGACAGAUCUGCCUCUGUCUAUUAUUGCCCAACACCUCCGACACAAUAACUCCACGCCAUUUACAUAUUUCCUCUUUGCAAAAAAGUGAUAUUUCUUCCAAGGCAAAUUUCACUUGUGAAUCUGAGAUCCGGCUGAGUGACACUCUGUGCCUGAAAGCUUUGAAAUCCUGGCGUUUGACUCAUUCUGCGGGGCCGGUUUGCGAUCGGCCACAGUCCCAGAGCACAGGCCGGCGUUCAUGGACGCUCACUGAUUGUUUACAGCAGCAGAAAGCACCAAAUAUACGACAUGAAUGCAGAUUUAAUGCAUGUUUUUUCCCCCCAGAUUUGCUAAAUAAGUACCCGUUCUGAAUGUACAGAAGAGCGAACAAAGUGUUUACAUCAAAGUGCCACGACCAGCGCAGGAAUGUACCCGAAUGCCACAUUUCUCCCAGAAUAGCUUCACCUUCUCCUGGACUGAAAAGCACCAAGAUUGUUGUUCUCAGUUUGUCCUUUUUUUAACGUAGAUUCUGGAGCUUCCAGCGUUCCUCUCCUGCAGGUUUUAAUAGCAGAGCCUCUAAAAAACAUCCUGCCAGCAUUUGUCCCUCUGCAGCUUCAUUGCUCCCGACCUUUUGUAAUUAUUAUUACAGCGACAGCAGCAGAGAACAGACUUCCACCAGCCGGCUCCAUCCUGAAUGAGCACAGGAACCCUUCAGCUUUAGUGGGUUAAACUAGCGGAUACAGCGUUGUGGCUGCAUUGAGUCAACAACAGAAAAUAGAUGUCUUAGUCAUGUAAAAAUGACGCCCACCACCAAUCUCCGAGUCCUCGCCGUCUCCCUGCUCUCCCUCCUCACCGCCCCCCUCACCACUGUGGUGGAGACCUCGGCGUCCCCCCCUCCUCAGCCCCCCAGCUGGCCGCCCGACGCCAGCCCCUCGCUGCUCCUUGCCAUCCAGCCGGCCGCCCUCCAGGGCCGGACCAAAGCCCCGGAGUCGGACCCUCCAGAUGGGGUCCUGGAGACGCCGCGGAGGCCCCUCCCCCAGGUGAUGUUCCCCAAGAACGUCACCUCGUCGGAGGCCCUAGCGCCGCCGCUAGGUGCCGCCCAGGUGGCGCCAAUCCCGCCUCGCAUGGUGGAGCUGUGGAUGGACGUGUGCCGGGGCUACUACGACGUGAUGGGGCACUUCGACAGCGCCUUCAACUGCUCCAAAGACACUUUUGUGUACUGCUGCGGGACCUGCCACUACCGGUUCUGCUGCCCGGACCGGAGCCGGCAGCUGGACCAGGACAGCUGCAAGAACUACCACUCCCCGGACUGGGCCAAGCCGCAGACGGAGACCAUGAUCAUCUCCGAGGAGCUGACCAACGAACCCGACUUCGACCCGCUGAAACUGCAGAGCCACAACACCGGCUUCGUGAUCGGCGGCGUGGUGGUGUUCAUGGUGGCCGUGGCCGUGGGCAUCAAGGUGGUCUUCAAUAAGGUGCAGCAGGAGGCCCAGCAGAGGGACCUGAACAUGCCCAGAGCCCUGGUGGACAUGUUGCGGCACCAGUCGAGUCCGGUGCAGCAGGACGAGAGGAACAACAGCGUGGCCCUGGCGGUAGCCGAUGGUCAGGGGACGCUGGGGAGGCCUCAGAAGAACCUGUACGCCCCGGGACUGCCCAGCAAGGACAACAGAUUGGGCAAUUUGCAGCACAAUUUCAUCCACUCGUCAGGCUCCAGCCCCAAACACACCGCAACCAUCGAACGAACACCUCGGAUGAACAACGCUCAGCUGGCGGCCGGAGGAACGCUGCUCUCCAGCAAGCACAACAACACCAAGUCCCAGCCCUCCUUCCACCACUCCCUGCACAACCUGGCCCAGCUGCCGCCCUCCUAUGAGAGCGCCACCAAGACCGAGCUCAACCGAUACUCGUCCCUCAAACGUCUCGAGAAAGGUCUGGAUGAAUACUCGUCUGGUUACUGCACCACCAAGCGUCGUCCCCACACCGCCCAGCCGGCCCUCCAGUCCUCCCAGCACCACCUCCACUGGGGUGGCGACUACACCCUGAGCGGCAGAGGGACCCUCCCCCGGCACGCCGUCCGCCCCUGGAUUCCACCGCCGCCCUCCGGCAUGCCCGCCUCACCCACCCCCAACCCAUACCCCCUGGACCUGCCCGAGCCCCAGUUCAACCCCAACUAUGACACCCUGUCCAAGCCGCCGAGGAAGGUCAAGUCCACCGACCAGCUGCUCAACAUGGGCGACGUCCCCGGAAACACCGGCACCCUGUCGCGGCUCUCCAAGAACCAGCAGCACCAGUACUACAAAGCCAUGGCAGCCUCCAACAAGAACUCCAACACACAGACGCUCACCAGGAAGAGGGAUGACCGGAGGGAUGAUCGGAGGGAUGAUCGAAGGGAUGAUCGGAGGGACGAUCGAAGGGAUGAUCGGAGGGACGAUCGAAGGGAUGACCGAAGGGAUGAUCGGAGGGACGACCGAAGGGAAGAUCGAAGAGACGAUCGGAGGGACGACCGAAGGGAUGACCGGAGGGACGAUCGGAGGGACGAUCGAAGGGAUGACCGGAGGGAGGAUAGGCUGCUGAUGUCCCCCGACCACCUGGAGGACAGGAUGGGCGGGAUGGGCGUGGUGGAUCCCUACGCCCACACAGGGGGCAUCGUCCCCACGCUGCCCCGCCAGCAGAAGGCCCAGUCCCAGCAGAAUGUCUGCGCCACGCCCUCCCUGGACCGCCACCACAUGAUCAAGAUGAACUCUCAUCCAACGUCCGGGCGCGAGCAGGAGCGCAGCAAUGCCGCCAUGACUGGCCACAUGAGCGGAGGGAUGGGCUGGGCGGGGGAGAUGCCCGGGUCUGGUGGGGUCGUUAUGGGAACGGGAACACUGGGGGGCCACAGCGCCAGGAGGAUGGCUUUCGCAGCAAAAAGGCAGAACACCAUCGAGCAGCUACAUUUCAUACCAGGAGGUGGAGGCAGCGGCGGCAGCGGCGGCGGCGGGGGGUCGGCAGGCAGCGGCGGAGGCAGCCAGGGCAUCAGGACGGGAAGUAAAAACGAGGUGACGGUGUGAGUUCGACGACUAGAUCUACAGCUAAACUAGAAGUAUCAAGUAUAAUAGUACCAGUAUCAUGUCUUUAUUCAGAUUAGUGUUAAUUGUAAUUAAAUAGCUUGAAUAUUAUCAGAUUAAAGCUCUCGGAAGGGGAACAGCGGUUCACCUGUGUGAUAGCCUAACAGUACAUCAGCCAUAUUUUGUAACCGAAUUCGCCAUAUUGCCAUAAACAGCAGUGCCAUUACUCAGAGAGACUGACUGGGAGGGAAGCAGGAGUGUCGUUCAUAUUUAGUUUUUAUAUAUGUUUCUAAAGAAGUACUCAGGAGCCAUAUUAGAUAGAGAACUGUGUGGAAUAUUAAUAUCACAGAGAUUCAGAGCCGCCGACCUGAACUGUCUGCUCACCGAUUUACAAACUGCACCUGAACUUUACUCUGGAUUCUGGAGGUCUCAGACUCAACUUGCUUCUAAGCUAGCAGACAAAGCCUGGGCUGGUUCCGAUUCAAAGUGACGUGCCCACGUUGCCGAUCCGAUGCCUGGUUUGCCUCGUUUUCCAUGUGACCUUAGCUGAAACCCCCAGAGGAGCUCGCCGUGAUCCACUGUUCCACCCACAGCAGUGUGACAGGUGAGUUCCCACCUGUAGAUCAGGACCUACCUGUACAAACAAUGGGCUACUAAAUAGUACAGAGCCAUCAAAAAAAACAAACAAAAACUGAAAAAUCUGACAGAACCGAGAGACGAAAGUGUUCAGUUUACCGACGAAGAGGCUUUAAUGUAGAUUGGAAGGUUUUUCUACAGAGCACAAAUAAAUAGACGUGACGCAGAAGUUGCACUUACACAACUGUCCUUCAAAGCCAUUUAUGGAAGUACAAAAAAAAACACCACAGGGUAAGCUGGUCUGACAAUCACCGUUUUAUUCUUCUGUUACUGAUAUUAUUCUCGCCAGGUGACAGAUUAUCAGUGAGAUUCUGUACAGGAUGAGGGCGACCCGAGGCCUCCUCCUGCAUGGCGCCGAGUGCCGUAAGAGACUCGGAUGGUUAGGAAGCCCUUCCCGUCCUCGACACCAAGACCUGCUGUAUCAUAACGCACUUCAGCCAGUUAAAAAAAAAACACAAAAAUACACAAAAAACAACCAAAAAAAAUAGAAAAGAGUAAAAAACCAUCAAUAACAACGCUUCUCAAUACUAAGGGCUAUCCUAUCCUAUAUACUGUAGUCUGUGAUAUCUGUGGUCCAUAUAAAUGCUAUCUCUUUCUAUUGAUUUUGUGUUGAUAUUGUCAUGCUGUAUUAAGUAUUAAUGUGUACAACAACAACAAAAAAAGAUCUAAAAUCUAAGCACAGUUCAAAGAUGGAGACUAAACUUUUGCACAAUUCUACCCCCGUGAUAUUUGCACCAGACGCUUUGUGUCCCCGAGGUUUACAUUCAGCCGGUCGACGGACGGACAGAUGGACGGACGGACGGACGGAAGGAUUUCUUUAGUUUUCUAUCAGAGGUUAUAAUCGCAGCUCGGUUCUGAAACCAGAUUCCACAUUUGGACAAUCUUCCUAUACACAGUGCUCAGUGUAGUUGUUCUGAAUAUGAUGGCGUGUUAUUAUUAAUAAUUAUUAUAACUGUUAUGGUUAUUAUUAACGAUUAUCUUAUGGUGUGAUGUUCUUUUACUUGGUGGGAUUUACGUGUUUAUUGUUUUUUAAGGUAACUCUCACGACUAGUCGGUCUUUCUUUCCAUACAUCUUGGUCACAACGUUUCUAGAACAUUCCAGAUAUCGAUGCAUGCCAGCUCCAUUUCGUAGAGAGGCCCGGAUUUUUAAAGGUCGCCGCCGGUCGACUCUCCAGCUGUGUGCCUCGACAUCGACCUUACGACUUUGUUUUUUUUCCCACUCAAAAACGCCGAAAACAAUCUGCAGCUUUCUAGAUGUGAGUGUAGGUGAAACAGCCAGCGAGGGACGGUUAGGACUCACCGAGGGUUCUCUGCCUGCAGAACCCGCGACGCCAUAAACGUAUGAGUGUUGGGAUGAAUGUUUAUUACGCAGGUAGGAGACAGACGGACGGAAACCCCGAACGCUUCGAGUGUCUUUUUCAGGGAAAUAGGACAGAUGACAUACAGUAGUAUUAGAUUUUUAAAAAAAAAAAUAGAGCCACAAAAAGGUCUGUAGCAAAGUCUGUAAAAUCUCACAAGCCAUAUCCAUCGAAUCAUCAUCAUCGCGAUUUUAUAAAUGGUUAAUCUAAUUUGUGCAAGUAUCGUAUUUUGUAUAGCUAGUACAAUCAGAAUAUUUUGAGUGACAUUAAUUUGAGGAUUCUAAGAAAAAUAAAUAAAAAACCUCUGUGUUAGUAUUUAAUGAAUUGUACAGUGCCGAACUCAUAGCAUUUUGUUGUCUCUUUUUAUCGUCACGAACCUCCUCGGCUGGUUUAUUUAGGAAGGCGGGAGGAGAAGAGGCUCGUUUUAAGACGGAAAUGAAUGAAUAUGGUGGCAGUUUUUACCAUUAUGAUUUCAUUUAGAGCGUGGAGGGUUCACGGCCACUGAUGACAAAUUCAUGGAUUUAUUUUCAUGCCUAUAAAUUUCAAAUCGACCCUUUUGUUAUUGUUCGAUGCAUUGAUCCCCUUGGAUACGACAGUGACUUACACAGAAUUUGUAUAAUAAAGUUGGUGGGAAAAAAAACAA